UACCACCUGCUACAGUCAGCCUGGGUUUGGCAGAUAGUCACUGAGCUAACAUGUGAGCAGUUUGUCUUUACUGGUAACGUUACGCUUCUUAACACGUUACAACAAUCCAGUUAGUCUUGAACUAAAGGCAAGCGGUUAGAAUAUAUUAACGAACAUCAGUCUUUCACAUCUCCGGCUUUUGAAAACAGGCUAACGUUUGACGGUUUAACAUAAUUAGCAUGUCCUCUGUCAGUCACUGUCGGCACCACAAGUCUCAGUAGGCAUCUGCGGGGCAGCAGGUAACUCGACUUACAGCACGACAUGUCCGCGUGCAAAAGCUUACUUCACUUUGUCAAGCACCGGAGCUUGUGGACGCACGUUCGGAGAAAUGUCACGACGUGGUCGCCCGUCGGAGCUGCUUUCAAUGCCAAACAUCACAAACGACUCAACGUGUUGGAGAAAAAUGUGGGUUUGUUUGGGGUGCCAGAGCUCAGCUGUCCUGCAGGCUUCCAGGCUGCCACAGAAACCGCUCUGAAGGACUCCCAGCGCCUGGUGGAAAGAGCCUGCUCCGGUCCUCCCGGGGUCCAGACGGUCGAGUCUUUCGACCAACUCUCGGAUGCUUUGUGCAAAGUGGCUGAUCUGGCGGACUUUGUUAAAGUGGCCCAUCCAGAUCCGGCGUUUCGCGAGGCCGCAGAGAAGGCCUGCAUAGAGAUCGGCACGGUCGUGGAGAAGCUGAACACCAAUGUUGAUCUGUGCAAGAGCCUAAAAAUAUUGCUGGACAACCCGGAGAUUGUGGCUCAGCUGGACCCUGAUACGAGACGAGUGGCGGAGCUGUUCUUGUUCGACUUUGAAAUCAGUGGAAUUCAUCUGGAUGACAAACUGAGGAAAGAGGCGGUGGCCCUCCACGUGAAGCUGUUGGAUCUGAACAACGAGUUUCUGUUCGGCUCCCACCAGCCGAACAGAAUCGCGAGGUCGGCCAUUCCCGAACAUCUGCACGUGCACUUUGCAGACGAAGGAAGCUUCAUUCAAGUUGGGGGAUUACACGCAGAUUCCCCCGACGACUUGGUGCGAGAAAUCGCCUACAGGAUCUUCCUCUACCCGAAUGCAGAUUUGAUGGCGUGCCUGGAGGAGCUGCUGAAGUGCAGACACAAGCUGGCCACUCUGGUGGGCUACGAGUCGUACGGACACCGAGCCCUAAAGGGAACGAUGGCCAAGACGCCAGAGACGGUGAUGAGCUUUCUUCAGCUGUUAACAGACAAGCUGUCAGACAGAACGGCCAAAGACUUCACGAUGCUGACGAACAUGAAGAAAAAACUCAACCCUCAAAAUUCUGAGCUGAUGCCGUGGGAUCAUCCGUACCUCAGUGGUGUCUUGCGUGCCGAAAGGUACAACAUAGAGCCCAGUCUGUACAGUCCUUAUUUGUCCCUGGGCGCCUGCAUGGAGGGUCUGAACCACCUCUUCUGUGAGCUGUACGGCGUGUCCCUCGUGUCCGAACACGCCGGUGCCGGAGAGGUCUGGAGCGAGGACGUCCGCAAGCUGGCUGUGGUACACGAGACGGAGGGGUUGAUGGGACACAUCUACUGUGACUUCUUCCAACGCAAGGACAAACCUCAUCAGGACUGUCACUUCACCAUCCGUGGUGGCCGCCAGUGCCAGGAAACGGGUCGGUACCAGCUCCCGGUCGUGGUGCUGAUGCUGAGUUUGCCCCACCCGACCAAGAGGGCCCCCACCUUGCUCACCCCCGGCAUGAUGGAGAACCUCUUCCACGAGAUGGGACACGCCAUGCACUCCAUGCUGGGACGCACGCGCUACCAGCAUGUGACCGGAACCAGAUGUGCGACUGACUUCGCCGAAGUCCCGUCCAUCCUCAUGGAGUACUUUGCCACCGACUACAGAGUCGUCAGCCGGUUUGCGCGCCACUACGAAACCGGACAGCCUCUCCCGGAGACGAUGGUGGCUCGCCUGUGUGAGUCGAAGAAGGUGUGCGGCGCCGCGGACACACAACUGCAGAUUUUCUACGCCGUCUUGGACCAGCUCUACCACAGCCGGCCCCAGAACCGCAGCACCACAGACAUCCUGAAGGAGACGCAGCAGAAGUUCUACGGCUUGCCUUACGCGCCCAACACGGCGUGGCAGCUGAGAUUCAGCCACCUGAUUGGCUACGGGGCCAAGUACUACUCCUACCUCAUGUCCCGCGCCGUGGCCUCCAUGGUGUGGAAGCAGUGCUUCGUUCAGGACCCUUUAAACAGGGACAUGGGGGAGCGCUACCGCCGGCAGAUGCUGGCCCACGGAGGCGCCAAGGAGCCCAUGCUGAUGGUGGAAGGGAUGCUGCAGAGACAGCCCACCAUGGAGGAUUUUGUGGAUGCGUUGGUGUCCGAGCUGAAGCCCAACUUUGAAACCUUCAUCAUGGACUCCGAAAGCUGAAGAUCUCUCCGUCUCCAUGGAAACUGACUCGGCUCUUUUGACAAGGCAUCUUUACUUUGUCUGUAAAUAAAUAUCGCCCGUCUCUCUUAAAGUCACAUUGACUUGUUUUGAUAAAUUUGGUCAAUUUUUGCUGUUAAUAUUAAAUAAUGUUAGAGUCGCGUCAAAUUGCGUCUUAAAUUCAAAAACUCCUUUUAUAA